UUGACGCCGGCCCUGGGUGCCAUGAUGGCUCUCAUUACAGAUAGGAAUGAACUUUAAAUUUGAACAGAACAUUAAAAUUGAGCAGAAAUAUAUUCCCUUCACCUUGAUAAAGUAAACAAAUAGAGGUUUAAUAAAUAUAAUCAUAAAUAUUAUAUAUUUUUUAUUUUCCACCAACCCAAUCAAUUUGUUCUUUCCAAGUCAGAUUUUCAUCAAUAAUAAUUCCCAGAAAUCUUGUACUUGACACUUGAGGUAUCUCGAGUUAAACCAGUAUUCACAUUCAUUAUCAAUGUUUUAAAAUUUGAAUGAGAAAGAAGUUGUAUCAUCUGCAAACAUUAUUGGAGCAAAAGUACAUGAUACAUAAGAAAAAUCAUUUAAAUAAGAAAUAAUAAAGGUCCAAGAAUAGACCCCUGAGGAACCCCACAUGGUAGUCCAAAUUUAUUAGAAUAACAACCCUUAAAACAAACAAACUGUGUUUUAAUGUUUUUGCUUAUAUUAUUUGAGUAUUAAGGCUAGAGUGGCCCUUUCCGGUCCACCUGCUCAUAGUUCAUGGAGUUUACACUCCUGACGACUGCUUCUCCCUGGCCAGGUGCCCUUAAGGAAGGACCAACGAUUCCGCACCCUCACCCAGACCUCUGGAAUUUAUGUCUGGCCUUUGAACGGGUCGCGAAAGGACUAGCUUACCUAUUGGCGGCUUUGGUGUAUGUCAUAAGUCUUGAUCCCCCUUUAUUUGGCAGUUCAAUGACCUAAAAUGAUGUCUUUAUGUGACCUGGUGUUCCUUUCAUGCUGAGGACCCACAGAGAUGUCCGGUGUCUUGUGCUCACCUUUCUCUAGAGAGAUUGGACAGUCUUUGUCUCCCUCUACCCUUGAAGGUGUAUGUGGCUGCCAUUUUGGCAACCAUGUCUUACUGGACGGGUAUUCUACAUGACCUGGAGUUCAGAUUCCUUACUCUUCAGACCUUACAGAUGACCUUUUGGACCUCAGAAGCCUCCCUUUGAGCCUUGGUAUCAGUCGAGCUUAGUGCCCUCUCUCAGAAGACGGCCCUCUUGAUAACGCUCAAGAGGGUUGGGGAUCUGCAAGUUUCUCUGCCGUCAACGGGUGCCUCAAACUCGGACCGGCCCAAGGUUCACGCCACUCCCUUUCGAGAUCAGGUAGUGAACAUCCAGGCCCUUCCUAGUAAUAACCCAACUCUUGCUGUGUCCGGUACAUGGGCUCCACACCUACCUGGACCGUAUUCAGAAUUUUACCAUUUCUGAUCAGCUCUUUGUCCGUUUUGGAGGUUAGCAGAAAGGGAAUGCUAUCUUCAAAAAGGGACUCACUCUCGGAUCUUUGAUGCCAUCUCUUUGGCAUAUCGUUCCCAGAAUUUGCCCUGUCCGUUGGGGUAAAUCCCUUAUUAGGAGUGUAGUUUCCUUGUGGGCACUGCCUAGUGUCCCUUUUUCGGACAUCUGCAGAGCUGCGAGUCGGGCUACUCCUAACACCUUUACAAGAUUUUACAAUCUGAAGGUAUAAACAGUGUUGUCUCGGGCGGUGUCUGCUCCGAACAUCUAACCCAGUCAAUAUCUGUGGGCCUGGAUGGUGCACUCAUUCACAAAUCUUUAUCCCAUUAAUUCCUCCUUAGUGGUGAAUGUGGGGUUGUUCUCUAGGUCAGCUUGCGGAGAGUAGACCUUUUUCUGGUGAUCUCUUAGGACAUCUCCAUUUGUCUUUUGUUCAGGCUCUUUCGAUCCAGAUGUAUAUUUCCCCAUUCGGUUUCCUUUCCUUAAACUUUGGGUCUUCCCUGGGCGAGUUAUACCCUCGCCCUAUGCCAUGCUAGUUCCACGCUGUGUAGCUCUGGCUCUGAGUUUGUUUCCAUUAUUUUUGGAAAUGUUUUUCACUUAUACCUCCAGUUGGUAGGUUGUGUUCUCUGCAUGUCUCUCCAAGACCUCCCAGUGUCGGGCUGGCAUCAUGCCUUUGUGGAAACCUUUAUCUGUCCCAUUUGGUACGGUUCACUUUUCCUGUGCACUGGAUGGUUAUUGACCUAUUCAAAGUCCCCUGGCACGCAUUUCUUGCUAGCUCCUCUUUGGCAUAGGUGAUAACUUGCUCAGCGUUGCAGCAUCUUACAUAGUGAACCCCUAGUGUCCAUUCAUCGACACAACGUCGAGUGAGUGACAGAAGGGGAACGUCUUUGUUACGUAUGUAACCGCCAUUCCCUGAGGGAGGGAACGAGACGUUGUGUCCCUCAUGCCAUAACGCUGACCUCCUGCUGACCAGCUGGUCUUUAGAUCAGCUCCUCGGCACUAAAACUGAAUGAAAUCAGUUUUAUACCCGGAUCUCCGGGCGGAGUCCGGAUUUCAUUUGUAUUUCAUUCGCCAAUUCUCAUUGGCCCUUUAUAUAGAGAAUCAGAGCGAUUGGUCUCCCAAGGUCGAAUCCCAGUGUGAGAAAAUUGUAUUUUAAAAAAUCUAUGUGUUAGGUGUUACAACAGUGCACCCUAUUAGCACAUCAGAUAUGGGAGGAGAAGGUUUACUGGAAACACCUGACAUUCAGGUGUGCCUCUCUCAUAAAAAUAUUUUUCAAUACAGAGAGGCAUAAAGAUGACGUCCAUACCUACCUCCAAAGGAACCCAGAAUAUUGCAAUCGCUGUCUUUUUGUUGGUAUGUUUUGCUGCAGUAUUCAGUGUGUAUUAUAAACCAACUACAAGCUGGUUAAAAUGCCCUGAUGUUCAAGUCCAGAAAGAUAACAUCAGCGCAGAAAUGUGCUUAAGUGCUCUUAAGAUACAGAACUACUUUUAUGUCGACAAAAACUGCACUGUCACCUUGGACACAAAGCAGAUAAAACAACUAUACGACAAUAACAUAACAACUACGCCAACAACCACUACAAUGCCAACACCUCUGACUACAGCAAAUAAAGAUCCAGAGACCCUUAUUUUAAUCUGGAUGUGGCCUUUUGGUAGUUCUUUUGGCUUGGGACCCUGUACGAUCUUCAACAUUGAAGGCUGCCAACUAACAGAUAACAAAAGUCUGUAUAACCAAGCUCACGGUGUUUUGUUUCAUCACAGAGACAUUCGUGGAGAUUUUUCCAAUAUGCCGAAAGACCCACGACCAAUCUUCCAGAAAUGGGUUUGGUGGAAUAUGGAGUCUCCAACCAAUUCAGGGAAAUAUCCUCAACUAAAUAAUCUGUUCAAUUUGACUUCAAGUUACCGCCAAGAUUCUGACGUUCCAGUGGGCUACGGUUCACUGGUACAGGCCACGGAUGAGGAGAAAAAUUACACAAUACCACACAAGGAUAAAUUAGUCUGCUGGAUAGUAAGCAACUACAAUGCGCACUAUAAACGAUCACAAUACUACAAUGAGUUAUCGAAGUAUAUUACAGUAGAAGUCUACGGUAAACAAUUUCACAAACAAAUUAGUAAGACAGAAUACUCAAAAACGGUGGCUAGUUGUAAAUUCUACCUUUCAUUUGAGAAUUCUGUUCAUAAAGACUACAUGACCGAAAAGUUAUACAGCCCUCUCACCCUUGGCACGGUUCCUGUGGUUCUUGGCCCGUCUAGAGAGAACUACGAGCAGUUCGUCCCAAGUGGAGCUUUUAUACAUGUAGAUGAUUUCCCUUCUCCGAAAGAACUGGCGGAUCAUCUGAAACACAUCGACCAAAAUGAAGACCUCUACAAACAGUACUUUACAUGGAGAGAAAAUUUUGUCGUAAAGAAUGGCAUAUUUGGUCGUGAUCAUGCCUGUCUGUCUUGUGAACAUAUUAGAAGGUUUAAGAACUACAGAGUAGUAAACAAUCUCACCGGCUGGUAUUUUGUUUGAGGAUAGGGGAGAACAUGGGCAAAAUGUGGGACGAAAGUAACAAAGCAAUUUUCUCAGAGCCCUGACUACAUUUGCAUAACAAGCUAUUUUGAUGGAACAGCCUUUAACAUAGUUAUCCGAUUAUCCACCUUUAAAUCUGAAUUUGCAGUGUUUUCAUAUAUUUUUUUUAUGCAAAUUUUGAAUAAAUGUAAAAAACUGCUGGAUGUAAACAUAACUGUACUGUUGCAUUAUGCUGAGAAAUUGUAUUAUGCUAAUUUAUUUAAAUUUCAUAUUGUUCAUACUGUUGAAGACAAAAGACAAAAUAUGUUUGCUGCUACAUAUUAACAAGGCCAUAUUCAGGUAUUUUUAAUAAAAACAAAAAAAAAAUCAAGCUUGUAUUGUUGUGUUAGUUUUGACCCACCUGUGAGUUACAAGCUGAGGGGGUCGAAAGUAACAAAGCGCAACUUAUAUUCAAAGUGAAAUUAUUAUGAAGCUGCUCUACAUUUGGUCAAAAUUCUACCUGGUAUUGAUAGACCACACUUGUGAAUUAUUGACCACGCUCUCAGAAACAAAGAUUCAAAAGUUGUCACUGGGACGGUACCUUUUAAAUAGGUCCUAGUAUGUACCAUCAUCAUCAUCUUUAAAGUCUUCAGUGUUUUGUAUCCCUGUCUUCAUCGUCUUCCUUAUGUAAGUGUAAACGUGACAGCCCCAGUGACAACUUUUGUACCUGGCAAAAAUAUUUCUUAUUAUCUUUUUUUUGAAAAAUUGUACUUUAAGUUGUAGAGAAAAAUGGAACUGUAAAAUGGUAGAUACUGAAAAUUCUUAAGAAAGAUUAAUUAUUUUGAAAGCAAUUUUUUGUCAUCUGUCCUUUUGUGCCAUCAUGUGUGCCAUAGAUGAUAAAUACACUGUAAUACAUUACAAAUAGUUCUGUCAAACUCAUUGAAUCAAAUACUUUAUUUAAGACCUAAAAUUGGCCUGAAUAUUAUGUGAAAGGUUGCAGGUUAAAGUCAUUUUUAAUAUUAUCGAAUAAAAAUAUUUAUUAAUGUUUACUUUUUAAAGUGCAGAGUCUAACUUUGGUUUAAAAGAGCUCCUCUUUAGAGAUACAAUAAUGUUUUCG